CAAUGAUUGGGAGCAGCGAGCAGAGAGAGGCGGGCAAGAAGAACCAGAGAUGAAAGAGCAGAUCUAUGAAAUCCCAUGGUACAUACGUGAACCAGAGAGAGGCGGGCAAGAAGAACCAUGGUCAGAUCUGUUCCUUUUUCGACAUAAUCGCCAUCAAUUUCAUAGAUCUAUAAAGCUUUUGUUACUCCUAGCCUUGCCUCAAGCCGUCAAAACCUCGGAUGGAAGAGAUUAGAUCUACGAGGGAGGGGUUACAGAAGGGAUGGCGGCAAGAAGAACCACAGAAGUCAUCCGAUGGUUCCAGAGAGUCGGCGGCAGCGGCGGUAAAGAAUCGCCGGCGGUGGUAGAGAAUCGCCGGCGGUGGUAGAGAAUAGCCGGCAGUGGUGUUGGCAAUCAGAGAGUGGGUACCAGUAGAUUGAAAGAUGGAAGGUUGUAGGGGUAAAAUAGGAAAGUCAAAGCAAAUUUUAUCACACAUUAAUAUGCGUGCCCGGUCAAACCGGGAAGUUCUUUUUUGGACAGAGGGAGUAUAACUUUGUUAUGCUCAGUCUAUGUGCUGAGGGGACACUUCAUCUAACAACUUUUUCCCUGGUUUGCAUUGAAAUGAAUUAUUAAUUGACCAACAGGUUGAUUGUGUGGAUGAUGAGCUUAACGAUAGAAUUGAACAAUACAUGAUUGAAGCAGAAAAAACCAGACAAGAAGCUUUUGAACAAACAAAGAAGCGUAUGAAAGCUGAGAAGGAAGCACUUGAAGCUAGGCGCAGGGCUAAUGCAUCUGGAACAAUGUAUGCCGAGGAGUUCAGGCAAAGGAGUGCAAGUGAGGAUGCGCUAGCAAGGAGAAAGGAUGAAGUUGAACAGAUGACAAGGGAGAUAGCUAGAGUCAGGGAAGAUCUUCAGGCUGCACAAGAACAGAAAUCUUCAAUGGAGAGUCAGAUUGCGAACUCCGAGAAGACGGUACAUGAGUUGGAGCAGAAGAUGUUCUCUGCAGUUGAACUUCUGCAGAAGUUCAGGAAAGAGAGAGAUGUUUUGGAGGUGGAGCGUGACAAUGCACUUAGAGAGGUUGAGUAUGUGAAAGAAAAACUUGACAAAGAAGCUUCAAAUUCAUCUACAGCUCAAUUCUUUGCCGAAUUCUCACUUUCAGAAAUCAGAGAAGCAACUUUUCAUUUUGACCCUAACUUAAAGAUUGGUGAAGAUGGUUAUGGAACCAUUUAUAGAGGUCUUGUUCGCCAGACGCCAGUGGCAAUAAAGAUUUUGAAUCAUAAUAGCUCACAAGGUCUAUCGGAGUUUCAACAAGAGGUCAAUAUGUUGAGUAAGUUGAGGCAUCCAAACCUAAUCACUCUUAUUGGAGCCUGUCCAGAGUCAUUGACACUUGUCUAUGAAUAUCUUCCUAAUGGAAGCCUAGAGGACCGUAUCAACUGCAAAGGAAACACCCCACCACUCUCAUGGCAAACUCGGAUCCGUAUUGCAACAGAGCUAUGCUCUGCUCUUAUAUUCUUACAUUCCUGCACUGAUCAAGGCAUCGUUCACAGUGACCUAACACCUGCAAAUGUUUUGCUUGAUUUCAACUUUGUGAGUAAGCUCAGUAACUUUGGAACUUGCCGUGUUCUCUCUCAAGAUGAACUUCUUUGGAGAGCUGACAAAAAAGGCACUUUUGUAUAUAUGGAUCCAGAGUUCCUUGCAACAGGAGAGCUAACUCCAGAAUCUGAUGUCUAUUCAUUUGGAAUCAUAUUGUUGAGGCUGCUGACUGGAAAGCCUGCAUUAGGAAUCACAAAGGAAGUUCAAUGUGCCUUGGAUGAGGGGAACUUAGAAGAUAUUCUGGAUCCAACGGCAGGGGACUGGCCGUUUGUACAAGCUAAACAGUUGGCUCACUUAGCAAUGAGUUGCUGUGAGAUGAAUCGUGGGCAGAGACCUGAUCUGGGUUCAGAGGCGUGGAAGGUGCUAGAACCGAUGAGAAAGGCUUCAUGCAGGGUCUCAUCUUUUCAACUACUAAGUUUGGAUGAGCGUUGCCAUGUUCCACACUAUUUUCUAUGUCCCAUUUUUCAGGAAAUCAUGGAAGACCCUGUGGUUGCAGCCGAUGGUUUCACCUACGAGGCCGAAGCUCUUCGAGGAUGGUUGGACGGCGGUCAGGACACGUCGCCAAUGACCAAUCACAAGCUCUCACACACUAACUUUGUGCCAAAUCGCGCCCUUCGGUCCGCUAUACAGGAAUGGCUCCACCAGCAUUGACUCUUCAUCUUGUGUAUGCAACUCUUAUUACUAUGUCUUUCUUUGUUGUAUAGAUGAAGUAUAUAUAUACGGAGUAUGUCGUAAUUUGGUAUAUACCAUUUGAUCAGGAUAUACAGGUAACUUUAUGAACCUUAGUACAUAAAAUGGUGAUCUGUAUUAGUUCUUGUUAAGAGAUAAAGACCCAAUUAUUAUUCCAUUGAAAAUGUGAGACAAUAGUACAAUUCAUACAGGUAAGUAUCAAAAUACUCCUUCUGUCCAAAUAUUUCUUUCCCAGUUUGACUUGGCACGAAGAUUAAGAAAACUUAAAAAUUGUA